UGUUCCCCUUAGACCUGAUUGAAUCUGUCCAGUUCGAAUUAGUUGUGAAGAUAUGGCACAAUACAGCGAGCAAAUAACGGAUAUGGAUCAAAACACAGGUCUACCAGGCUGGGAAUAGGCUGCCGAUUCUUUUUUAUCAACAUAGCGUGGAGCAAUGUGGAAGCCGGCGAACGUAAUUAUGUGCAUUUUAUUCAUUAAAGCCAUUUCUUGGUCGCUUGUAGAGCUAGCUAGCUACCUCAGAUUUCUUUAACUGUGCCGAAAUGCUUGCAUACGAUGUCGGUAGCCAAGAGUGUACAUGCUUCUUGAAAAUAAUCCGCUUCCUUUUUCAUCGCUUACGGAGUCAAACGUAAACUGCAACGUUAUGGAUAUGUUUUCACUGUAUUUUGUGCCGAAUGAGUACGCUUGCGCACUGCAGUAAAACCUGUCUGCGUUUGCUCUCGUGUUUGGAUGCUAAAUUUGACAGUAAAUCAGUCACUUCUUUAGGCAAGAUAACCUAUAGUCAUUCUGUGUGCAAUUCGGCUGGUAGAAGCGCUGCCCCGGCCCCCUCAGAAUAGCCCGCUGGACACAGUGUGCAAUUUAAAUGUGAGAGGCAUUGUCGGCGCGAUACGAGCCCCAAUUGUGUCAUAAAUGAAAAGCAAACAGUAUCAACUGAAGUUAACAGCACCCUGGGAGAAGGAUGCUAGCUUCGGGAGAAGGCUCAAAACCUACAGGAAUCACACCAAAAUAAUCGCACACCCGGGAAUCGUGAUGAAAGUGUUACGCAGGAAGAGGAUCGUGUUGUUUAUAGCCUACUUUUUGCUGCUGGUUUUGACCAUGCUGAACCUGGCUAAUUACAAAUGGACUAAAGAGCCACAACAAUGCAACCACCAGAUGCGGAGCACUACCUAUCAAAGCAGAUCCGACAUCCGCUUCCUCUAUAGACCUUCUCUGGCGAAGAAGAGGCAGCUUGUAUAUGUUUUGACUACUUGGAGGUCCGGAUCCUCCUUUUUCGGAGAGCUCUUUAACCAAAACCCAGAAGUAUUCUUCUUGUACGAACCCAUGUGGCACAUCUGGCAGAAACUGUACCCCGGGGAUGCGGUAUCGUUGCAAGGGGCGGCCAGAGAUAUGCUAAGCUCUUUGUACCGGUGUGAUCUCUCUGUUUUCCAGCUGUACAAUACACCGGGGAGUAAGAAUGUGAGCUCCCUUGGGCUUUUCGGUGCCACUCUCAACAAGGUAAUAUGCUCUUACCCUCUCUGCUCGGCGUACAGGAAAGAUAUUGUGGGAAUGGUGGAUGACAAGGUGUGCAAGAAGUGCCCCCCGCAAAGCCUGCGACUGUUGGAAGAGGAGUGCCUAAAGUACAGCACCGUGGUGAUAAAAGGGGUGCGUAUUUUGGAUGUCAAUGUUUUGGCCCCGCUGAUGGAGGACCCCUCCUUGGACCUGAAGGUGAUUCACCUGGUGAGAGACCCCAGGGCCGUGGCGAAUUCCAGGAUCAAGUCGAGGCACGGGCUGAUACGGGAGAACCUUCAAGUGGUCCGGAGCAGGGACCCCAAACUUCGCCGGAUCCCUUUCGUGGACCCGAAUCACAAAGUUAACAAAAAGGACGGGUCGGACUAUCACUCGAUCGGGGCUAUGGAAGUGAUAUGCGACCGGACCUCCAAAACGCUGAGGACCGCUUUAAAUCCGCCCAACUGGCUCAAGGGGAAAUACAUGACCGUGCGUUAUGAGGACCUAGUUGAAAAUCCCAUCAAGACGCUACGGAACGUUUAUCGCUUCGUUAACCUGUCUGCCAACCACGACAUCGAAUCUUUCGCCAUGAAUAUGACCAGCGGAAGUAGCUCAUCCUCCAAGCCGUUCAUCGUUUCGUCCAGAAAUGCGACACAAGCUGCCAGCGCGUGGAGGACUGUACUGAGUUUCCAACAAAUUAAACAAGUCGAAGACUAUUGUCACCAUUCAAUGGCUUUGCUAGGUUACGAACGCAUAAGAACAGCCGGGGAGGCGAAAGACUUAAGUAAAUCCUUGCUGACGUUACCUAAACUGUGACAAUGUUGCCACCAAAGACAUAAUGACUUGUAAAUUAAUUUUGCAUCAGUUCAGUUUGUUGUGCAAUUUGCAGAUCUGUUAAAGCUUUAUGUCAAAUUCAGUGUUCUUUGGGAAUUUCAUAUGCCACAUUGGAAUGUAUUUUUGAUUGUUUUAAAUACGUUACAGUGGUAAUUGACGGGACCACUAGAUUUGUAAUUGGACCACUGGAUGUCUGACAAUGCAACGCCUAUAAAAAACAACUUGAAUCUUGGACUAUUAAGAAGAAAACCGCAAAUGUGUACAAUGCAUCUUAUAGUAGCACUUAAAAGUGAAUGUUUCUGAAGUAAUUUUAAACGUUCUAAACAAUUAUUCAGAUGGGAUUUGGUUAGGUUAUACAGUCCAUUCCUGUUUGUAAAAUUGGAAAUUGUAGGACAGAUGUGCAAAUGGUUAAAAAGUCGUUGUCUGAACUGAUAAUGUUACAUAUGUUACAUAUGUGUAUAAGUACUGGUACGUGGGUCAGCUUUAUCGGAGACAAUCAUUA